GUACGCGUAACGGUGAUGGACAAGAACGACGUGGCACCGACGUGGGGACCAGGCCCGUGGAAAUUUCAGAUCUCCGAGGAAGCGCCGCUCAAUACCGUCGUCACGACCCUCAAAGCCUACGAUCCGGAUACCAUUGGUACUCUGACCUACACCCUGGUGCCGAAUCAUCCUGUUGGCGACGAGUUUGUCGCCGACGAUAACGACAACGACGAGACUCAGAAUAUAUUCACACUCCAUCUGACCACAGGUCAGCUUAGACUCGCCGAAGCUCUCGACAGGGAGUCGAAGGAGAAGUACAUGCUGAAAGUGCGCGCCGACGAUGGCCUGCAACACCGCGACAUCGUGCUUCACAUACAGGUCACCGACACCAAUGACAACGCGCCAACUUUCCAGAGCACGGCCUACUCGUUCGACGUGCCGGAGAACGUGCCGAGGGGUAGCCGCGUCGGUCAAGUCGUCGCGACGGACGCCGACGCCGAAGGUCCCAAUAGCCAGUUGAGUUACGUGCUCAUUUCGGAUUGGGCAAACGACGUUUUCUCGCUGAAUCCGAACACCGGUCUGUUCACGCUUACCGCGAGUCUCGAUUACGAACAGGUGCAACACUACAUUCUUGUUGUACAAGCCACGGACGGUGGCGUGCCGGCAUUGUCGUCCACGGUGACGGUCUACUGUAACGUCGUCGAUCUGAACGACAACGCGCCGAUCUUCGAGUCGGGACCGCACGCAACCGAUAUCAUGGAGAACGCGACCGUUGGCACGUCCGUGCUUACCGUGACCGCCCAAGACUUGGACUACGGUGACAACGCCAAGAUUGUCUACGCCGUUGCCGGCGGCGAUGAAGACGGCGAUUUUGGGGUGGCACCCAACGGCACCCUCUUCACGCGCCGUCCUCUCGACCGCGAACGGAAGCCACUUUACAACCUAGUGCUUAGUGCUACCGAUAGCCCGCCACCGCCGAUGCGGCCGUUGUCUUCUACGGUUCAGGUGACAGUAACGGUGCUAGACGUAAAUGACAUGUCACCGGAGUUUAUAUCGCCCACAAAGAUAUCGAUAAUCGAGAACGCGCCGAGCAACACGGUGAUAAUGGCAAUAAAGGCCGUUGACCGAGACGAAGGUCGAAACGGAUACGUAGAGUAUUCACUGGAGAACGACAGUCUGCCGUUUGCUUUGGGUUCGGUAGACGGACUACUGCGCGUGUCCGGCCCUUUGGACCGCGAGCAAAGAUCCAACUACAUGUUGGAGAUUAUUGCCAAGGACCGCGGCGAGCCGCCGAGAUCAUCAUUGACCACCGUCGUCGUCACGGUGCUCGACGAGAAUGACAAUUCCCCGGUGUUCGAUCCCAGACAAUAUACCAACACCGUUGCCGAGAACGCUAGCAUCGGCGCAAGCGUGUUGCAGGUGUCGGCAAUGGAUCGUGACGAGGGCGCGAACGGCAGAGUGCAAUACAGCAUCGCGAUGGGGGACGACAAUCGUGACUUCACGAUUUCGGAAGACAGCGGCGUGAUUCGAGUGGCAAAGAAUCUGAAUUUUGAACGCAAAUCCCGAUACCAUCUGACAAUUCGCGGAGAGGAUUGCGCGGCCGAAGUCGGCGAAGCGCCGCGCGUCGACACGGCCCAAGUUACCAUCACCGUGUUGGACAUUAACGACAACGCGCCGGUCUUUCUUGACUCGCCCUAUCUGGCGCACGUUAUGGAGAAUAUGGUGCCUCCGAGUGACGGUUUUAUAAUACAGGUAAAAGCGUACGAUGCGGACACGCCGCCUUACAACGAUCAGGUGAGAUAUUUUCUCAAGGAAGGCGACACGGAUUUGUUUCGCAUAAAUGCGAGCACCGGCGACAUAUCGCUUCUUCGGUCGUUGGACAGAGAACUGGUGCCCGAGUAUACGCUCACUCUAGUGGCCAUGGAUACCGGCUCGCCACCUCUCACCGGAUCGGGCAUCGUCAGGAUCGUCGUGCUAGACGUGAAUGACCACAGUCCCGAGUUCGCCCGGCAGGAAUACAAGGCCACCGUGGUGGAGAACAUGCCCGCCGGAACAUGGGUCACCAAGCCCCACGCUACCGACAAGGACGAAGGACUCAAUGCAAAAAUAAGAUACAACAAAUAUCUAUUGGGAGACAAAGCGGAACGGUUUUCUGUGGAUCCCGACACCGGGGAGGUGUUCACCACGGUGCCGUUGGAUCGCGAGGAGACCGCGGUGUAUCACUUCACUCUGGUGGCUCAGGACUCGAGUCCGACGGAGCCUCGUGCCUCUGCCGUCAAUUUAACGAUCUACGUGACGGAUAUGAACGACAACGCGCCCCGUUUUUCCAGUCCCCGAUACACGGCCUACGUUCCGAGCGCUACCAAACCCGGCGACUUCGUGUUUGGCGCAAAAGCAAUCGACGACGAUGACGGUGAAAACUCGCGGAUCAUUUAUCAGCUGGAAGGUAAGGACGCCGACAGAUUCGCCGUCGAUCUCGAUAACGGGGUGAUUCGCGCCGAUCAGGAACUGAUCGGCGAUCAGGCUACCUAUCAGCUGCAGAUACAAGCGUCGGACUGCGGCGUCGAUCCUCAGCACGUUACUGCCGAUCUGAUGAUACACCUGUGGGAACGAGAGCUGUUCCCGAGCUUCCGCUCGAGCGUCAGUACCAAGUUCACGUUGCCCGAGGACGUGCCGGAAGGCAGGGUGAUCACUAAGCUAAGCGCGACCACGCCGAAAAGCGGACCGGCCAGUAAUCUGAUCUACGGCAUAGCCGGCGGAAAUGUGAGAGACGCUCUGAGAAUCGAUCCUCAUACCGGAGAGGUCGUAGUCGCUUCCGGUUUUGAUUACGAAACUGCGCCGCACUACGAAGCCUGGAUCGAGGUUCGUGACUCGGACGAACCUCCGUUGCGCAGCGUUCUACAGCUGCUGGUAAACGUCACGGAUGCCAACGACAACGCGCCAGUCAUGGAAGCGGCUAUUUACAACGCAACCGUGCCGGAGGAAGAGUAUCCGCCGGUAUUUGUCAUCAAAGUGACCGCGCGAGAUCGCGAUUCCAGCGAAAACGGUCAAAUCACCUAUCAUCUGGUCAACAAUGCUUCCGAGUCCUUUAUCAUCGACGGCAACACAGGACAGAUUGAGACCAAUGCCACUUUGGAUCGUGAAAAAAAUGCGUCUUUCGAGUUGGUCGUUGAAGCUAGAGAUCAAGGUCAUCCCCGGUUAACCGGCACCGCCACAGUUUUGAUAAGCGUGUUGGAUAAAAAUGAUAAUGCACCGCGGUUCACGCGACUGUUCAGCGUCAACGUGACGGAGAACGCGGAAAUAAACACAUAUGUAAUACGCAUAACCAGCAACGACCUGGAUAUCGGUCAAAACGCGAAUGUCAGCUACAGUUUUGCCGCUAAUCCAGGAAAAAAGUUUUCCAUCGACGCUCUGAGCGGGAACGUGACCGUGGCUGGAUAUCUUGACAGAGAAGAGAAGGACGAGUAUUCGCUGAUGGUCGCGGCAACGGAUGGCGCGUGGCAAACGAAGACACCUCUGACAAUAACCAUUCAGGAUCAAAACGACAACGCGCCCGAAUUUGACGAAGACGUUUAUCAUUUUCAUUUUCCCGAACUUCAACCGGCAGUAACAUGCGUUGGCCAAGUCGCGGCGACCGAUCGCGAUAAACAGGGACCGAACUCCGUUAUAUCGUACAGCUUGCUGCAACCGUCCGAUCUCUUUACCGUCGAUCCGGCAACUGGCGAUAUCUUCAGCAAGCGAACUUUGCGUUACAAGCACACGCAUCGAUCGUCCUCGCCGGAGAAUUUGUAUUCGCUAACGGUUAUCGCGACUGACAACGGCAAACCGCCAAUGUCAUCGAGAACGGUGGUGCAGGUGAGCGUGGUGGACGCCAACAAUAACGCGCCUCGCUUCGAGCAGAGGAAUUAUUUAUCGUCAGUGCCGGAAAAUUAUGGAGUUGACAAGCAAAUCAUUCAAUUGAUCGCUCGCGACGACGCCGAUUUUGGCGUGAACGCGGAAAUCAUUUAUUCACUGAACGAGAACAGCACCAACGAUGUGUUCGGCAUCGAAGAACGAUCCGGAUGGGUUUACGUGCGCAAAAGUCUCAACGGGAUUGCCGUAGGCACGGUGUUUAUUCUGAGCGUACGCGCAACCGACAAAGGCGUGCCGCCGCAGAAGGACGAAGUGAUUCUGAAACUUGUGAUUUCCGGCGAAAAUCGACACGCGCCUGUUUUCGAUUCCAGCAGUUAUCACGUAAUAGUGCCCGAGAACGAGGCGGUCAACAAUGUGAUUGUCACGGUUUUGGCCGUCGACGGUGACAACAACAAAGAACCCAACGGUAUCGUUCGCUAUAAGAUCACAGGCGGCAACGAGAAGAACAAAUUCUUUCUUGAUCCCAUCAGCGGCAAGGUAUCCAUACUCGAACCACUUGAUUACGAUCUUGUGCAGGAGUAUCGAUUAACCAUCACUGUCACGGAUUUGGGAUUCGAACCGAAACAGGCGAUGGGUCUUUUGACCGUUCAAGUCUCCGACAUCAACGAUAAUCCUCCGACGUUCAAUCAGAGCGUUUACGAAGCGUUUUUGCCAGAAAAUUUGCCGCCCGAUAGUUUUGUGUACAAGGUGGUUGCGAGAGACAUUGACUCGCCCAAGUACGCCAUAGUGCAAUAUAAGAUUCUGGGUGGCAGCGGAAAGGAACAUUUUCGCAUUCGCGAGGACACCGGAGAAAUCACGUCGGAAAUCAAUUUUGAUUACGAGGAGGCGAACGAGUACACUCUUGACAUCGUUGCGGCCAAUCCCGACUCCAGUCCGCAGAUGGUCGGUUUCACGACCGUGUUGGUGCACAUCACCGGCGUGAACGAGUACUAUCCGAAGUUCAUCCAACCGGUCUUUCAAAUGGAAGUGUCGGAAAGCGCGGAAGUAGGCACGUCGGUCGGUCUGGUUCAGGCGACCGAUCAGGACGCGGGUGAGGACGGUCGGGUGUACUACCUGUUCGUAGGCUCGUCCAACGACCGUGGUUUUUUCAUCGGCGCGGAGACCGGUAUCAUCAGAGUGUCGCGCCAGCUCGAUCGCGAGACGCAAAAUCGCGCGGUGCUGACCGUGAUGGCAAAGAACGGCGGCGGUAUACGCGGCAACGAUACCGACGAGGCGCAAGUGAUCAUUUCUAUUCAAGACGGCAACGAUCCGCCCGAGUUCUUGCAAAGUUCUUACAACACCAACAUAUCAGAAAGCGCCGCUUACGGAACCCGCGUGCUUACUGUUCGCGCGGUCGACAAGGAUAUCAAACCGCAGAACAAUCAGUUCUCGUACUCAAUAAUCGGUGGCAAUUUUGGUCAAGCUUUCAAAAUCGAUCCGCAAACUGGCGACAUCGAGACGGCAAAACAGUUGGAUCGCGAAACUUUGCCCACGUACGAUCUAACGAUCGGCGCGAUCGAUAUCGGCUCGCCACCUCAAACCGGCACCGCGAUGGUGCACAUCGAGUUGCUGGAUGUCAAUGACAACGGCCCGGUCUUCGAUCCACCGGAAGUAAUCGGUUGUGUUAGCGAGAACGAACCGAUUGGAACCAGUAUCAUGACCCUGAGCGCGACCGAUCCCGAUCUGCCGCCCAACGGCGCGCCAUUCACGUACAGAUUGGUCGGAGGGAGACACAAUGAUUUAGUUAUCUUGGACAAGCAUUCGGGUGUACUUAGAACCACCAAAAGUCUCGAUAGAGAAACAAUGUCUCAACUGGAUCUUGUGGUUGAAGUGGAGGAUUCGGGCGUACCGCGAAUGAAGAGCGAACACACCGUCACCGUGACCGUUACCGAUCAGAACGACAGCCCGUCCUCACCGAGAUCGGUGCACGUGAUCGUGCACUCGUUCAACAGCAAGACGCCCAUCGGAAAGAUCGCCGACGUGCAUCCAAACGAUCCUGACGUUACCGGGCAUUACUCUUGCAAGAUUCUUCAGGGCUCGAGUUCGCGCGUGCUCAGCAUCCCCACCGCGUGUAACUUGCACACUAACAAAAUCACUUCAGAAAUCGGCUAUUCGUUGAGCGUUUCCGGCAACGACGGGCGACAUCCCGACGUGAUUUCCAAAGUCACCGUUGAAUUUUUGAUCUUCUCAAAUUCUACAAUUGAGAACAGCGUAACUCUGCAAAUUUCCAAAUUAAACGCCUAUGAUUUUCUCAGCCAUUAUUAUCGAGCUCUUCAGGAUCUCUUGCAGGAGAACAUCGAUGUCGGUGAUACGUUCGCUAUUUUCAGCAUUAGUGAAUCGGGAUCAAAUCUAAACAUUCAUCUGGCGGUAGAAUCUCCGCAAGGAUAUCGUGCGAAGUACGAAGUGACCGAUCUGCUGAUGCGCAAUCGGGAUCAAAUUCAGGAGUUAUUCGAAAAUAAAUCUUUUUCCAUCGGUUAUUCACCGUGCAAGAGCAUGCCGUGCGAGAACGGAGGCAGUUGCAGCGAUCGAUUGGCCAUAUAUGAUGAUGCCAGAAUCACGGAUAGCCAGUCGCUGAUCCUAACGUCGCCCAAAGUGGUGCACGAGAUGAUCUGCAAGUGUCGGGACGGUUUUAUCGGCGAUAAGUGUGAAAAAAGACAGGAUCCCUGUUCGCCAAAUCCCUGUUUACCGGGAGGACAAUGCCGACGUUUGGGUUAUGAUUUCCAGUGCAUUUGUCCAAUCGAUCGUGACGGUAAACUGUGCGAGCUCGAAAGGGGUGACGUGUGUGCCAGCAAUCCGUGUAGGAACGGCGGUUCGUGCAAAAAGAGUCCGGACAGUUUCAGCUUCUUCUGUUUGUGCCGAGCAGGCUACAGAGGAAAUCACUGCGAGGCGGUUACCGAUUCCUGUCGACCAAAUCCUUGCUUGUACGGCGGUUUGUGCGUGGGAGAGAAACCUGGAUAUCGAUGCAGCUGUCCCGAAGGUCGUUAUGGUCGGCACUGCGAGCGUUCGACUUUCGGCUUCGACGAGCUGUCUUACAUGACGUUCCCGACACUGGACUCCAACACGAAUGACAUCACUAUUGUGUUUGCGACCACUAAACCGGACGCGUUGUUGCUAUACAACUACGCGCCGCAGACUGGCGGUCGUUCGGACUUCGUUGUGUUGGAGCUGAUAAACGGCCGAGUUGUCUUCUCGUACGGCGGUGCCAGAAGCGCGAUUACCACCGUUACCAUCAAAACGGAGAAACCGAUAUCGGACGGCGAUUGGCACAAGGUAACUGCAACUAGAAACGGCAGAGUUGUUUCGCUCAGCGUGUCCGCCUGCAGAGAACACGGCGACGUCUGUGACGAUUGCAAACCUGGCAAUGGUACUUGUUACGCCAACGAUGUGGGUCCCACAGGAACUUUGAACUUCAACAAUAAUCCUCUGAUAUUGGGUGGUCUGGAGAACGCCGAUCCCGUACUAGAACGUCCUGGCCAAGUGCAUUCCGACGACUUUGUGGGUUGCAUUAAUUCAGUAUCGAUAAACGGAAGAGUUCUAAAUCUAUCGAAUCCGCUGAUAUCGCGCGGCGUCAAGUCAACGUGCGUCAGAUCGCAUCGUAGUCCUUGCACGAGAGACGAGAAAGACAAUGUUUCUCUUUGCAAUAAGAACGUUAACUGUUACGACAAGUGGCACCAGGUGAUGUGUCAAUGCGGAUCCUUGAUCGCGCCCAACUGUCACGGCGCCUUGGAAGCCAUUACGUUAAGCAAUGGAGGAUUUAUCGAGUUCAAGAUUUCGGAGAAACACAAACGAAUGCAACUUCUGGAAUACUUUUACGGCGGUUCCACAAUAUGGCGCGAAAACCGUAGUAAACGCGAUCUCGUCGAGGAUACGAGCUUCAUUGCAAACUCUUCACCGUUGAAGACAAUUAGUCUGAUGUUCAGAACCGUAAAACUAGAUGGCGUUCUGAUAUAUGCCGCAACCAAUAAGCAUUUUACAUUCAUAGAGCUUCGCAAUGGUCAGUUAAUUUAUGCGUCCCUGUUCGAGUCGCCAGUAAAUAUGUCGAGCAACAUCGAAGGCGGCCUGGCCGAUGGACAUUGGCACAACCUGACUCUCUACGCUUACUCCCGAGGUCUUAGACUACUGGUCGAUAACGUCGUAACAGGCGACGAAUUAGAUCUGGCCGGUGUUCACGAUUUUCUUGACCCGUAUUUGUCCGUGUUAUCGAUCGGUGGAGUUAGCCAGAAUUAUUAUUACGCUCACAGUAUCGGUACUAGCUUCGAAGGUUGUCUGGCUAAUUUCACGGUCAAUAACGAGGUGCAACCGUUCAAUGGCUCCGGCUCGAUUUUCAAGGAUGUGCUCUAUCAUGGCAAAGUGAGCACCGGUUGUAGAGGACUGGUUGGUAUCAGCACGGCGACCGCCGCGGAUCCUCUCAGCGUCGGCAUCACUUUGGUCAUUGUCUUUUUCGUUAUCUUGUUAAUCAUAUUCCUCGUGAGCUUUAUAGUAUUUCGCAUUCUGCGCCGACAAAAUAAAGAAUCAGCUGCGUCGGUCGUCAAUAAAAAUACCAACGCUAUUCUGACUGGCAAUCCGCUGGUCAGUGCCGGAAACGAUAAUCUCAUGUCCCGUCACGAGAACACUUACAUCUCCGAUACGUCGGAUCUGCGUGGCGUGGGCCACAUGGGUCCCGAACUUAUCUCGAAGAAGUACAAAGAACGCGAGAUCAAUUCCACUACCGAGCAUCGGCCGCAACGACCGGAUAUAAUCGAGCGAGAAGUCACCAAGUCGCCACCGAUUCGCGACGAGCAUCCACCGUUGCCGCCAUCCGCUCAAACUUCUCUUCAUUCUCACGAACACAAUCCGGAACCCGACAUUCCCGAACACUACGAUUUGGAGAACGCCAGUUCGAUCGCGCCCAGCGAUAUUGACAUCGUGUACCAUUACAAAGGCUACCGCGAUGGAAUGAGAAAAUAUAAAGCUACACCACCUCCCAUAGGUAAUUACGGUAAUCAUCACAAACACACGGGUCAACAACAUCGACAUACCGGACCGUUUCCACCGCGUACGAUGCCGCCACCCAACGUGAAUCAACCACCUGGACCAACGCCCAAAUUGCUCCAGAGCACUCCGUUAGCGAGAUUGUCGCCUAGUAGCGAGCUAUCCGCGCAACAACCGCGGAUUCUCACGCUUCACGACAUCAGUGGAAAACCGUUACAGAGCGCACUGCUUGCCACUACAUCCUCGUCCGGCGGUGUCGGCAAGGACGCGUUAAAUUCCAACAGCGAGAGGAGUUUGAACUCACCCAUCAUGAGUCAGCUGUCGGGUUCUACCGCAAGCAGAAAGGCUCCGCAAUCCAACAACGAGAACUCGGUGAACAAUGUUUCGUCGGGUCCGAUGGGUCUAACAGCGGAGGAGAUAGAACGGCUGAAUUCGCGCCCGAGAACAUCUAGUUUGGUCUCCACUCUCGACGCCGUAAGUUCCUCAAGUGAAGCGAGAGGCCCGCCAGCUCAUGGACCUCUUCAUCAUCAUCGACGUCACACGCCACCGGUAGAGAGGUUAGAGCGACGCAACUCGUCCACCACCGACGAGAGCGGUAACGACAGCUUCACGUGCUCGGAGAUCGAAUACGACAACAGUUCUCUCGUAGGCGAUAAGCGGUCUGACAAUUUGUUCGCUAAGCAGGAUGAUGAGGACAACGGUCCUCAGAGUAGAAAUAAUGUAGAAUCGUCACAGUCGACGAAACCGCCGUUGCCACCGAAUGUUGGCAAUUACGAUGGCUUCGACAGCUCGUUUCGAGGUUCCCUCAGCACCCUCGUUGCCUCAGACGACGAUCUGUCGACCCACAUGGGCGGUCUGCUUUACGGCAGUCACGCCAAUAACGGCUCGCCCACCACAACCACCACAACCGCCGCCGAAGACGCUCUUGGCUGGGACUAUUUGCUCAACUGGGGACCCAAUUUCGAAAGUCUCGUUGGAGUCUUCAUCGACAUCGCCGAGUUACCGGAUAGCACCAGUAGAGUGCCCAGAUUGCCAGCGAACAUUGCCAAACCAUCCGAAGAAUAUGUUUAAGAAAUUGAAUCUCGUUCGUAGAAAAGAAAACUGAACUUCAGUGAGAAUUGCAUUUGAAAAUUGUGCGCAGGGAUUUAUUAUCGAAAAAAAAGUGUCGAAUUGUUGCUUAGUUAACUAGUGAUUUUUCAUGGUCAUUUUGUAUAAAUGGAUAUAAUAUUAGUUUUAACGACGAUUACCAAUGCGUUUUCAGCUUGGAUAAUAAUCGUCGUGAUUUUAAGUCAUUUUAUAUGUCUUGAAAAAAAGAUGCCAACAAAAAGUAGAUUUUAAGUAUUUGUGAAAAAAAAAAAAAAAAAGUCGUUGCAAUAUUUCGAAGUUGCCGCUAAGUGCAAUUCACGACUGCAAUUGGAUGUCGCGUCGAACGCGCGUGAUCAUCUUGCCAUAAAGUGUGUGAACUAUUCUUCCUUGAAGGAAGUCUCGUUGUUUUUGUAUAUCGUGCCCUUUUUUUAUUUUGCAAAUUUUGUAAAUAUAUGAAAAUGAUACGUGUGUUUAAAUCGAAACAAAAAUUCUUUCACGGACCGUGUAAUUCUCAAUCACAUAUGAUCGUUCGAAACCACGAAAGAGAUUAUUUCUCAUAUAAUUGAUAUUAAUUAAUUAAUAUUCAAUCGAAAUUUAUACACAGAAAGAUUAAAAUUAAU